UCUAGCGCGGACGACCUUGUGCUUACCUUUGUUCUUCAUUCACAUUGGUGAUCGUCGUGACCGACUGCUACCACACACCGUGUGCACCGACUGCAUCCAUGAGAGCCCUAAUUGCAAUCUACACGUAGGCAGGUGGGCGAGCUAAAGGCCACAAUGUCGUCUUCAUCGUGUUUGCUCUCCUCUCAGUCGUGCUUGUACUUUUGCCAAGUCGAUGGCACUGGCAGACACGCAAUGUCGGAUCUUUUGGGUGGCGCUCGGUAAUUGUACCAUGGCUAUCAGCGCUAUCCUGUACGCAAAUACCUUUGAUGGGGUACCUCUGGGCUGGUGCGACUUCGCUGGCGCCGUUGGAUACUUGUACGGUCCAGGAAUUUCUGCCGGAGCUCUCUGCCUCUUCCGAAAGCUGGAGUCGAUCGCUUCUACUCGCCAGGUCGCGUACACUCAAAGCGAUCGCAGACGCUUCAUGAUCGUCGACUUGAUCAUUUGCGUUGGCAUUCCUGUCCUGUUGGUUCCUCUUCACAUUGUGGUCCAAGACCAUCGCAUGGACGUCGUCUUGGGACAUGGCUGCAAUGCGCCUACAUACAUGAGCGUCCCUGCGCUGUUUUGCUACUAUCUCUGGCAGAUCGGGCUGGCUACCGCAUGCGUGGUCUACGCAGUCCUCACGUUGAGGUGGUUCUUAAUUCGACGCUCGCAGCUUAGCUCAGUAUUGCAAUCCAGCGGAACUGGAAUCUCGAAAGAUAAAUACAUCCGUCUCAUGUUACUAGCUUUCAUCGAGGUCGUCAUCAGCUUCCCGCUAGCCGUCUACGUCCUCGCUGCCAACCUUCUCUACGUUGAAUUGCAGCCCUACCCAAGCUGGGACUACGUCCACGACAACUGGGGAGCCGUUGGGUACGUCACAACUGAAGAGAUCCCCUACGCCAAUGUGGUGAGCCUGGAAAUCGGACGUUGGCUAGGAGUCCUGGCUGCCGGAAUCUUUUUUGCGUUUUUUGGACUCACCGCGGAUACGAGACGGCAAUACGCGUCCUGGAUCAGAGCCAUUUCGGGCGGUCGCCUUUGCAAACGCAGAAAUAGCGAUGCUCCCCUGCCCGGUCGUAUCGCCUCCUUGCCACGGCGAGGAAUGUACGGCGACACUUCAAGUGAACAAGAUCUGGAGAAGGACUGGACUCCUACCAAUGACUCAGUCGAAGGAGAGCCGCGCCUCAAACUGUAUGAUGACCUUGAAUCGCCGCACUCGGCGUCUUUCACGGGCCUGAAGGAUAUUCACGUCACAACCGAGCGCAUUCAAGUCGGCUGAGACAGAGUGCGACUAUCGCUCAAUCACUCGUGUCACUGGUCCCUUCCAGUACUGGCAUUGCUGCUACCAUGCUGCUGCUUGCAGCUUCACAGCGAAUAGUUCUCUCAUUUUUGUCACAACUUCGUAGUCCUUGUGCUGGUCGCGCUCCGUUCGAGAUGCGUCUGUCAUCC